AUUCAUAUCUAUAUUGGCGCCACUACGUGUACCCCCCCAAACCCUCUCUCUCUCAGAUCUAAUCGCCUCCCCCUAAAUCCCUCAUCUCUCUCACUCUAUUCGCAAAUCCCUGAACCCUAAUCUCCGACAAGGUAUGGAUUUGCAAGGCUUAUCGGUGAUCUGCAACGGCCUCGGAAUCGCCCUGGACGACGACGACGGAAACCGGAUCGGUUACAGGAAGCACAAGUACUGCUUAGAUAAUUUGAAGGAUUUGCUGAGGUUCUUGAGGCGCGAUGAUCCGCAGAACCGGGAUGUUUUCAAGGAAGUAUGCAAGUGGAAUAUUGUAUCCAAGGAGCUGAUACCUAUUAUUGAGCACUGCCAAGAUGAUCGCAGCUUGGUUUUAAAUGCAGUGAAGGUUCUGGUGUUCCUGACUAUGCCAGUGGAGGCUACAUCAAAUGACAUUUUACAACAAAUUGAAUUUCUAUGGGAGCUGAAGUCUUCAAUUACGUCUAGUGACAUUGUUGCGGUUAUAGUUUCACUUCUGGAAAGUCCACUAGAAAAUCUGGAAAGUGAUGUGUUCACAGAGGACGAUUGGAAAUUGGUACAGCUGGUACUUACUCUAUUCCGAAACAUUUUAGCCAUUCAAGACAUUUCAUUGCAGCAGAAGUCUGGGGGUACUGCCAGUCAAUUUCUAUCACGCAGAGAUAGCUUUCUGGAACUUUUGUUUCGUGAAAAUGUGAUGGACUUGGUUUUAGCCAUAACACAGCAUAUUGGUGAUCAUCGUAGUUAUCUCUCUCAUGAUAACUUGCUUCUAUUGGAAAUUUUCCAUUAUACAUUUAUAGGGCAAGAGCCAGAGUUGAUUGCAAAUGCAUAUUCAAAAGGUGCUAAGGUGGAAGAAGAUACUAUAGAUUCUGUAAAUAGUCUCAAGUCUAUUAUGGAGGAAGAGAAAGAGAAAAAGAGACUAAAAGUUAGUCGUCAUUCCAAUUUUGGUGGGACAUUUAUUCGGCUUACCAUGGAUGGUUCAAAGGAAGUUGUCAAGGGAAGACCUACUUCUGCUUCUUGUAAUACCCUACAGAAAUCACAAAAUCGUCGAGGUCCAAUAAAAAAGAUUGCUUGGGAUCAUGGGAUAUUACCUUCAACAGAGGAUAAGAUUUUGGAAUUGCUUCAUGAUUUUGUUAACCAGUUUUUAUCAGGGGGUUACAAUGUUUUAAUGCAGUCAAUUCGCCAGGCUAUUGAAAAGGAACACCACUCAAUCCAGAAGAGUGAUGUCAUUAUCUUCUUUCAGGUUGCUCAGUUUGUUACUUCUUGCCAAUAUCACAGGCAUUCAAUUUCUAAGCCAAGCCUGAGCGCUGAAGCAGACACAAUUGAAGUUCCCACUGGUAAAGAGGCUGAUAGAACAUUCUUUAGAGGUGAUAUAUGUGGACCCAUUGCAACCUCAAUGAAUGAGUCGAUGUUCCAACUAGUCAUUUCAAAGUGGCGUUAUGCAUUCGAUGGGUUGAAGGAAACACAUGACUACAAGUUUCUGUCUGCAGCUGGUUCUCUUAUGAAAGAAAUGAUUCGCAUGCUAGAUUUGGUGCUUAAGUUAUUGCCAGAAGACUCCAAGGAGCCUCAAACAGCUCGCAUACUUCUGUACAAGUUAUUUUAUGAUCAGACCGAGGAGGGGAUGACCCAUUUUCUCUUAGGGUUGCUGAAAUCGUUUGACACUCACAAACAACCAAGAAGUGAUCUUGCAGAUCUGGUAGAGAUGGUUUAUAAAGUUUUACGGCUCAUGGAAAACCUUCAAGCAUCUGGAACAUUGAGGGUUUCUAAGAAGUCAAGGAAGGGGAGGAAGAGGAGAAAACUGAGUGAAAAGGAAACAGAAAAUAAGCUUUCCGGAGAGCAUGAUACGGUUCAGAAAGAGACUGACAUAUCCAAUGGUGAACAAUUAACAGAUAUGAGUGUAACCGAGAAAAGAAGCCUAGACACAAGUUCUAAUGAGAAACAAGACAUCAGCAUCCCUGGCCAACCUGAUGAAGGCAAAAACUCUUUGUUGAAGACAGAAAACUUCUCGAGCAGUCAGGCACAGUUAGAUCACAAAAAUUCUGGUGAUGCAAAAGGUGAUCUUUGUUAUAGUACAGGUGACUCUUCUGGUGAUGAGGAAGUAGCUGCAACUACUGAAGUCGAUUUUAAUGUGUCAAGUUUGAUUUCUGCUUUUUCAAACAACAGCAUCAUCCAGAAAUUGUGUUGGUUGCUUAAAUUCUAUAAGAGUAACUUGACCAGAACAAACCACUACAUCGUAUGCAUGUUGAGAAGGAUCAGUGAAGACCUGGAGCUCUCUCCAAUGCUGUAUCAGUUAUCACUCCUCACUAUAUUCUAUGAUAUCCUAGCUGAGCAGAAUUCAUCUCCUUGCAAUGAAUAUGAAAACAUUGUUGGUUUCUUGAAAAGUUUGGUCAGGAAAAUGCUAAAAAAAAUGAAACAUCAACCCUUACUUUUUGUGGAAAUUCUCUUCUGGAAGACUCGCAAAGAGUGUCAUUACAUUAAUGCUGAAUAUUUAUUGCAUGAGCUUGGCCAAUUGAGGAAUGAAAGUAGAAACUGGGGAGAUACUUUAGAGGAUGGAGAUAUGGGUCGAUCAAUGGACAAGGGAUGGACAGCUAGAAGUCUAGCAGAUGCACUUGGUGAAGAUGAAGCUGAUGUUGUGCUCGACUUUGGACAUAAGAACAAUAAAGAAAAUCUUGGAAAAGUGAAAGGCGAUGCUGCAUCUACUUCAGAUAAUGAGAUUGAUGAAAGCGGGGGCCAGUCCAUGAAAACUGAAACUGGAAGGGGUCCUCUAAAAAAGAAAAGACUAGUUAUUGGAGAGGAACAGGAGAUGAAAAUUAAGGAUCUGUAUGAGAAAUUCAAGGAGAACCACAAUUGUAGUCUACUAAUUGCUGAAGCUCUUGAUCCUGAUGGGAAAAUUUCAUCAACUCAAAUUUCCAACAAGCUUAAACAGCUUGGACUCAAAGUUGCACGAAGGAGAAGAUUGCGCCAUGCACAGGAAUCUGUUUCUGCUGAGCCUAGUCAAACUGAUGGAGAUGGAGAAGUAGAGGAAACAGUUAUUACUCAUCAUGAAUCAAAAACUCGGCCUUUGCACACAAGAAAAAGAGUCCGUGGCUUAAGCGAAGCACAGGAAGCUCGAAUUAGAUCUCUCUAUGAUCAGUUUAAAGACCAUAAAAGUUGCAACCACAUGAUUGCCAAUGCAAUGGAUGAGGAUGAUAAAUUGACAGCUCCUCAAGUUUCUCGUAAACUUAAGCAGCUUGGGUUAUGUAUUCCUCAGAGGAAGAGGUCUGGAGCUAACAUGCCGAUGAGGGAUCAGGACCUAAAUGAUUCUGACACAAACAAUGCCAAUGCCUCUGAUGAUGAAACAUUGUUAUCAUUAAUGAACAGGGGCAAAAAGGAUAAUAUCGGAAUUAGUGAGGUACCAGAACAGAUUACCAGAAGAGAAGUGUCAGAAGAGGAGUCUGAUGAUGAAAUGCUAAGCUCUGUUCUUAAGAAAGCUAAGGGAUCCCUUUCUAAAUUAAAGGAUCAAAACCUCACAGCCAUAUCGAUUCAGGGAACAGCAAGAGGAAAUGCUUUAGAAAAUAAAGUUGAAGAAGCUGUUGUAUCUUCUGGCAGGGAUGUUAACGAGCAAUCCUCUGGGUUGGGACAUGCCGAAAUUCACGAUGUAGAUACUUUCAAUCAUGCGAGUCCCAAUGGCACUGCACAAGCUGAAGUCACAAGCACCGGCAGUGGUAAUCUAUUAGAUGCUACACCUGUGAAAAAUGUAGAGGAUUUGGAACAUCAGAAAAUUGGCAUUGACUUGGAAGAUUCAGGGGAUGAAGCAACUCAUAGUGCAUUAAUACAGGGUGGUGCGAGUAGAAGGAAGAUGAGGAUGAUGGUACUCGAAGAUGAAGAUGAUGACUGAGGUCAGGGUUCGCUGUGCUGAAGGGUAUGGAAAGGAUGGUUUGGUCUCUGCUGGAGUUUUUGUAUGUAUAGCGUGAUAUAUCGUUGCAUCUCUCCUUGUCUGCAAGUGCUGAAGGAAGAAAGCAAUUCAUAUUUCUUGAAACUGCAAUUGAGAGAUUAUUGUGUAAGGGUACUCAUCAGUAAGAUUGUAUACGUUUGGAUAAUUGUCCCCAGAUGAAAUAUAUACUCAUAACGUCACUUAUAUGGCCAUCAACAGUUUAUUUAAAGUAUUUUAUCCAAA